CUUAUUACUCAAGAAAAAACAGCUAGGUAGUAGAAAAGAAAGAAUGGGCAUGAGGGCUCUUCCUCUCUCCUCUUCUCAUAACUGCUUUCCCAAAUCAAUAAGUUUGUCCUCCAAAUCCAUAAGCCUUAGAUGCAAUAGAGCUACUACAAGAGUUGGAGGAAUUCGGGCUACAGGUGAACAGAACGGGGGAGAAGAAGGCGAGCAGAAGAUAAGUAAGCAGUCUCUGUUCAGUAGCAUCACAGAGGCUCUAGAUUUCUCUCAGGCCAGAUCUUCUCAGGAUGCCCAGCUUAUUGAAGAAGCUAAGGAGGCCACUAAAUCCGGAGGCCAGAUGAACAGAGAGCAGUACGGUGCCCUUCGGAGGAAGAUUGGUGGCACCUACAAGGAUUUCUUCAAAUCUUAUGUUGAUGUUAAAGGCCAAUAUGUGGAAGAAGGGUGGGUGGACAAAACAUGCAAGAUUUGCAAGAGAGACACCAGAGAGGAGCCGAGGCAAGUCGACAAGUUUGGAAGAUAUGUUCAUGUGGCAUGCUUGGGGGAUUCCAAAUCUACCAACUUUUUCUUCAAGCUCUUCUCAAGAUGAGGUUUUCAUGCUAUUAUAGCGUUGUUGGUGCUUUAUUCAUCUAGCUGGGACUCUAUUUUCAAUGUGUUCAAAAGGUCAUUCAAAUUUUCUUGUAAUUCCGAUUGAAUGGUAAUUUAAUUCCUCCAUUCUCAGCCAA